UUUUAUUCCUUCACUUUUUUCGUCAACAGUCACUCCUCCUCGAGGACGUAUAAAAGAGGGAACAGGAGAGAAGAAGGGCCAGUGAUACUUACUUGCUACUAACACGGUUCACUCACACUUCAAAUAUCUUGGAACACAACUGCUGGCAGGAGGGAUGUCUGUGUCUCUGUGGUGUGAAGAGGAAGAGGUUCAGGACAGGUCUCAGAGUCGGGAGUCUUCGGUCAAAGCCCCCUGGGACCCAAGCGCCUCCGGGCUGAGGGUCAUUCAGAGACUUCUGCAGUCAGAGGGAAGAUACCUGCCCUCUCCGCUCUAUACAUCACUCAUCCAGAGAGAUCCUCAGCGCAGAGAGGAGCUGGCCAAGUGGACCAUGGAGGUGUGCUGUGAAUGUGAUUGCGAUGAAUCUGUAUUCCCCCUGGCUGUCUCACUGUUGGAUCGAUACCUGUCUGCCACUCUAUCCCUGCCUGUCUCUCCAACUUGUUUGGCUGCUGCUUGUGUCCUGGUGGCCUCCAAACUAACAGAAUGUGACACAGUUAAUGCCGAUACCCUGUGUGCAGCAGCUGAAUAUGACUUUUUGUCAUCCAACCUCCGGGAAAUGGAGCGUGUUGUUCUGGCCACUCUGCGAUGGGAUGUAGCAGCCGUAACCCCUCAGGACUUUAUCCCACACAUCCUGCUCACUCUUGGGGAACUAAAGGAUGGGGAAACACAUACAGGAGAGUUUCUCACAACACUUCGACGCCACAGCGACACACUUGUUGCCAUGUGCGUGUGUGACUCUCGUUUUCUGGGAACACCCCCAUCUCUGGUAGCAGCGGCUGUGCUGAACUCUGCCCUUCGGGGGUUAAGGACCAAAAGUGCAUGGGAAUUGAGUGUUAUGACCUCCGCUCUGGCCACUCUCUGUCAGACUGAUGUGGCCGUGUUGCAGUGCUGCACUGAGCUGAUAGAGGGCGCUCUCAGAGAGAGACUGAGAAACGGAGCACAGGAGGGGAAAGAUGGUGCUAUUGAUGAAGAUGAGAGAGCCAGCACUCCCACUGACCUGAGAGAAAUAGAUUUUUAAAACAGGGUUAAUUUAUGAGUAAUAUUUAUUGUGACUGUUUUAUUUAUCAGUUAAACUGAGUUAAACAAUGUAACGUUUGUGUUAUGUAACUUCUGAAGUGUUCUUAUUUAAAUUUGUAUUUAUUUGUUUGAUUAUUUACUUGUGCCAUAUUUAUUACUUCUAUUGCCAUAACUGUGAUUUUUUAAAGGUAUUUCAGGUUUAUUCUCUUCCCUUAUGUGUUACAUUUUCAUAUUUUAUACUUCAUGUAUUAUCAUAUUAUUUAUUGUGUGCAAUUAUUGUCUUUAAUUUAUUGUGUUUGUCAGUGUUUUAAAUUUGUGUGUAUGUUUGUAAUCGUGUUGGAUAAAUGAAAAUCUAUUUUUCGAAAAAGUUCAAAUAAAGCGUAUAUGGUUAUCAGCAUUGUGUGCAUCUAUAAAAAAACAUAACAAAUGUACUAUAUGGUAUCAAAUUAAACUUAACUAAAUUCAAUUUCAACUAAAUGACCUACGUUAAGUGUAUGACAAUCGCUGCUUUUUAUCAUGUGCUGUUUUAUCAACACCCCUGAA